GUAUCAGUAGACGGUCGAUAAAACGGGAAAAACUCCAGUCGUUAGAACUGCUUCGGGAAAGCAUUGCCUGUGUGUGUUAUAAGUGGCUGUUUGUUGUGCUGCAGCAUUCGUUUGCCUGGCAGGUGUUAUCUGUGGGGUAGUGAAUAGUAAGUGAGCAAUCCUGUCAGCAACGGUACUGUUGCAGAUGUGUGAACAAUGGCAAAAAUCCAUGAAUUUUUCUCUUGUUAAGUGCAUAAAUUUUAUAUGAGAAAACGAAAACCUGUAUUCAAGUUGGUUCAAGAAAGUUGUUUCCUGAGUCGGAGACUUUUGUGCUUCUGAUUAGAGGUUUUUUUUCUUCUCAAUCUGUGAAGUAAUGGUGAGAUGAUUUUUUCUUAACAUUGACGAAUGCGAGAUGAAAUAAAUUUCCCGAACGUCGCGGUGAGUGGUGAGUGCCGAGAGUGCUGAGAGAUUUCGGCCCACGUGAGAUGAAGGGAGCCUAAUCAGCUGUCUGGUUGGGACGAACGUUUUCCAUCCUCCGACGGGUCGCAAUCAGAGCCACCAGUCAGCUUGGUGUUAGUUUCCCGAGUGAUGCCCCAGAGUUUCGAACCCGUCUGCGGCAGUGUUAGUUAUCAGGGUUUGUUGUGUAUGUCAGAAAGAACAGAACCAACUGCAAACAAAACCUGUAAAAGAGAACGCGUCUGAAGAACGAAACGUGACUUCUGCUCGUGUUCUGUGUCUCUCGUCCGAGAAAUACCAUUUUCACCUGUUCUCGGUUGUGGCGAAGAAUAGGCAGAAUUAAGGGAAACAUUGUGUAAUUUAUAUCGCUACCGACCGCGCAAUAGAAGAAACUGUGGAUUCUGGUUUCCCAUUAUUGGCGCUAGCAAAGAAUCUUGGAACGGCGUGAAAGAAAAUUAAAUUUUAGAGGUUUUCCGUGUUACUGGGAAUGAUCCACACUGCUAGGCAACGCCGUAGGGUGCAGGGUUGAUGCCGACGCUGGUGUACGUGACGAAUCGUAGCAAGCUGUUUUGACGUAGCCGGAUUUUGGCCGUAUUGAGCACGAGGUUUUACCUUUCUGCUCAAUCCAACGAGCGAGGAGUGACAAUCGAAUAUAGCGCAAUCCCGAACUCAUUUACAACUUCACUCAGCAAAGUCAUCGUGUCUGCCGGAAAAGCCUGCUACCAUCGUAAAAUGCUGUUGGCACGUGCUACCCGUCACCGAAUUGUGGUCACUCACUGAACGCCCGGGGAAGAAAAGUGUCGCGUGAAUUGUCUGUGUCUGAACCAGCCGACUGCGUGGUUGACGAAACAAAAAAGUGCUUAAUUUGCGUUAAUGUGCUACUGAUGACGAUGUAGUAAAAUCGGCAGUGGGGAAGACCGACAAAACAAAAAAAGCAAAGCAAACGAACCUUCUGAUCGCUGAGCUCCAUCGCCAGCAGCAGACGCGUGUCAGAUUUUUGUGUCUGUCUUGUAUCGACCUCACGAGGAAGUCCCGGUGACCAGCGAAAAUGCAAACAAUGCCAAAUUAAUAGCCAAACACAUUAAGAGAGCACUGGUCGAGUCGAGCCAAAGGAGGAGGAGGAGGAGGAGGCAAACCUGAGAGUACGACGGAGGGAUCGUAAACAUCCUCUGCACGGACGGUAGAGAUAGUGUAUUGAUAUCGCCAAGUCAGGCUACCGGCAGCACAAAAGGGGGAAGCGGGAGGCAUCAUCGCGUUUGAUCGAGUGUAGCUAAUUGUGGUCUGAUUUCGGAGAAGGAGGAUGUGCCUUUUUCCUUCGGUCGAAUAGAUCUAUGCUUAUUGGUGGUCGUGAGUGAUUAUGCCAGGGGAUGGGAAGAAAAUGUGAAUAAAUAGGAGGCGAUGCUUUUUUGACAAGCAGAUUGAUUUGUUUCUGGCUGCUCGGUUUUAGUGUAAGUGUGUGUGCGUGUGUAAGUCAGCCAGCGAAAAAAAAAUAAUCAAUAAACGCAGAUUCGCAUUGCGACACGUGAUUUUCUGCAGUUUACCAACAGCAGCAGCAACGCUUUGUAAGCAGCAACGACAGCACAAUGACGGAAGCAGACAACUAUGAUGAUGAGCUUGUUUCGGCCAAUCCCAAUCAACGAAACUGGCGUGGAAUUUUGAUCGCUCUGCUCGUAAUCAUUGUCGUCCUAGCGCUGAUAGUGACAUCUGUGGUUCUUCUAACGCCACCCGACGAGGGACCUCGUGUCAAAGGGCAGCGAAUAAAACUGCAGGAUAUAAUCGACGGAGAGUACGCUCCCAAGAAGCUCAAUGGAAGCUGGAUAGGAACGGAUGAGUUUCUGUAUCAGAACCAUUGGGGCGAGAUAAGUUUGCUCAACAUGAUCAAUCUCUCGGAACGGAUUCUGAUGGCCAACACGACGGUGAAAACACUCUCCCCGGCCAAGUUCUCCAUCUCGGCGGACCGGAAGUUUCUGCUGCUGGCGCAGAACAUGAAGAAACUUUUCCGCCAUUCCUUCCUGGCUCAGUACACCGUCUACGACAUCACGACCAGUGAAACGAUCCCGCUAGCCCUGAAGGCGGACAGUGACGAGUGGCCGUUCCUGUUGCAUGCCGAAUUCACCCCCAAGGGUCAGUCGAUAGUGCUGGUGCACACGUACGACAUCUACUACAAACCGUCGGCCCGGGCCACCCAAACGUAUCGGCUCACGAAAAGCGCCAUCCCCGGUAUCAUCUACAAUGGCGUGCCGGAUUGGCUUUACGAGGAGGAAAUUCUGCAGAACAAUAAAGCCAUCUGGCUAUCGAACGACGGCCACCUGAUGCUGUACGGUACCUUCAACGACUCGAUGGUGCAGGAGCAACAGUUUUCCUGGUACGGCAUGGCCAACGGGGAUAUCAACCUUUAUCCGGAGAUUCGUUCGUUGAGGUAUCCGAAGCCGGGUACGAAAAAUCCCACCAUCAAACUGAAGGUUGCCGAUUUGGCGGAUCCCAAAAGCAUCCGUACCCGGGAACUGACACCGCCACCGAUCCUGGUGAAUCAGGAACACUACUUCACCAGUGCCGCCUGGGUAUCGCAAACCGAGGUCAGCGUAGUCUGGAUGAACCGACCGCAGAAUCUGUCGGUUGUGACGCUGUGCAAGAGCCCGAUGUGGUACUGUCAGGAGACCCACAGGAUUAGCGGCGAUGGGCGUGGAUGGGUGGAUGAGAUGUCGGUUCCGUUCUUCAGCCAAAACGGAAGUUCAUACAUUGCCAUUUCACCACUGCGCGAUGGAGCGGCAGGACACUUUCGACAUCUGGUACAUGUGCACAUCGGCAAGAAACGAAUCAUUCCAUUGACACAUGGCCGCUUCGAGGUGAACAAAAUACUCCACUGGGACCAGGCGAACAAUUUUGUCUACUAUUUGGGUGUCCCGGAGCACUCACCCGGACAGCAACAUCUGUACCGAGCCUCGUCACUGCCACCGAAACAAGGUACAUCGCCUCGGGCCCCACGGUGUUUGACCUGUAGCCACCACCCGCACGGUAGCCAAUCUCGGGUCUCUAUGGUGAAGGCUUCCAAUCGGGUCCAGCAACAGUGGAAUGACGACUGGGAGGAUACCGGUGACGAAGAAGAUGACUACAUCGAUAUUCCCCCGACAAUGGCGGCGGCGGCAGCAGCAGCAGGAGCCGCACCGAAAAAGAAAUGGAAAUCGGAAGAGACACCGGUAGUCCCACCGCAGGCACCGUGUCAGUUCUUUACGGCCACUUUUGCACCCAACAGCAAUGAAUUUGCUCUUAUCGAGUGUCUCGGCCCGGUGGUGCCGUUCAGUGCCAUCUAUCGGAUUAGUUUCGAUCCGAACAAGAGUCCCACCCAGGUGUUGUUCUAUCUGCAAAAUAACACUGCCCUUGUGGAGCGCAUCUCGAGGGUGGCACUGCCACAGGUUAAAUCCUUCCCGGUGAUGAUAUCCGGCGGAUAUCAUGCCCAGGUCCGGCUGUUUCUACCACCCGGGCUGCGAGAGGACGAAAUUACCCGAUAUCCGAUGAUUGUGCAUGUCUAUUCCGGCCCUGGCACUCAGCUCGUCACCGACAAGUGGCGUGUGGACUGGAACACGUAUCUGGCCGGUACGAAGGAUUACAUCGUAACCCAAAUCGACGGACGGGGUUCCAGCGGGCAGGGAUAUCAGCUGCUGCAUGAGGUUUAUCGACGGCUUGGCACCGUCGAAGUGUCCGACCAGCUUGAGGUGGCCGAGUAUCUGCGCGAUAGUCUGCACUUCGUCGAUAAACGCCGUGUUGGCAUCUGGGGCUGGAGUUACGGUGGCUACACCGCUACUCUGGCGAUGGCCAGCCCAACGACACUGUUCCAGUGUGGCAUCAGCGUUGCGCCCGUCACCAACUGGAAGCUCUACGAUUCGACCUACACGGAGCGCUACAUGGGCCUGCCGAACGUGACCGACAAUUACAAGGGCUACGAGGAUAGCGAUUUGUCAAGAUAUGCCGAGAAGCUACGUGAUAAACAAUUUCUCAUGGUUCACGGCACGGCAGAUGAUAAUGUGCACUUCCAGCAGAGCAUGGUCUUCUCGAAGACACUGUCGGCAAAGGGAGCCCUCUACAAGCAGCUGAUAUACCCGGACGAGGGUCACAACCUGGCCGGUGUCAAGCGACAUCUCUACCGAUCGAUGACGUUAUUCUUCGAGGACUGCUUCCGGAAGCUGGUACCACAGGACGUGAAGGCCGGUUUGGGUAACGGUGGUUCGAGCGAUUAAUACUUGCUGGAUUACUUCGGUACCACGGAUUCAGCGUCAAGUUUCUUGUAAAAGUUUCUGCCCGGUUUCUUCAAGCACGGAUAGCACCCUUGCAGCGAGUAUCAGCAGCUCCGAGAGAUAGAAAUUUCACAGCCACGUGGUUUCACUAGUUUUGCACCACACUUUGCGGAAUGGUUGGAACCGCGCUCGGCCUACUUAGAGAUUUUCUCCCAAGCUAGCUACCACACUGGAACCCUAGAAGUAGCCCGGCACUUGGUACUGUACUGUCUGUCAGUCUUGAAGAAAAAAAUCUUACUCUACAACAUCAGUGAUUCGAUUCUGUAGGAAACUUUAGACUUUAAACUUGUAGCCGAUUUUACCAGGUAGUGUUGCCAGAAGUAACGAAACUAUCCAUUUAAACUAAACCAAACAUAAACGCUGUUACUGUUGACUGCCCCUCCCCAAGUUCGCGAGAGACGGGAGAAGAAGGUGUCCGAGGAGAGUAAACUAUGGUUGUGACAAAAUAUAAAACAGGAUCAAGUAGGGGCAUUCAUAAUCUCCGAGAGAUUACUGCAAUAAAAUCCGUUUGGAAAAUUUUGGCGCGACAAGUGCAUGGUUAUAAUAUGUGCUGGAGAAAUGUUUUGAAAACACCAGCAAGAAACUUAUCAGUUCCAUUAUUCUCAAUCUACAAAUUCAUAUUUAUGCUUUGAAAUCUAUUUUUCAACUGUCAGAUCGAAAAUAAAAUGGAGUAUAUUGGAAAGUACGUCGCAAGAAACGAUUAACCAAGAAUACAGCUAGGUUGGUAAAAAUUUGCGUCCCUCUCCCACUACUUUAGGACAUAAUUGUAAUCCACUAAUUAAAAUAUGAAACGAUUCAAACACAGACAUUAAGCAUUGAUUGAAUCAGGAAAGCGACUAGUGAACUCCCCGCUCCCAGAGAUUAGGAUAAAUAUAAAUUCAAAGAAAAUUUUGGCCCGAAAAGUAAGCAGACACGAGAAAAAUGUUAAUUCAAAAACAAGAAUAAUCUCCCAUCUAAUGAAGCUACACAAACAGCAAAGUGGACCGAAAGUAAAAUCUAUUCUAUGAAAAGAAGAUAAAACCAACCGAACCGAGACAAUAUCCUUUUACUUACUAAGCUCUCCCUGCGUAGGCGGGGCCGGUAGAUUGAAUUCAUUUAUCACCCCGUGUUGUCCGUUUCCGAGCCAUUACCGAGUGCCGAAGGAAGAAAGGUGCGUGGGUCCCCGAGCUCCCGUGGGGCACGUGGAAAAUCUCGUGGAUAAUUAGUGUCUCGCAGUUUAGCUGGACUCCGUAGCCAAAACCUGUCUGCCUAACGAGGACAGGACUUUCUCACCUGCCGUGUUGCUUUCGCGUGAAGUUAUGAAACAACCAUCAUUAGAGGAAAGAGUGCAUUCAGUCGGAUGUGGCCUUGGGGCUCGAGAGCUGGCGAUGAAGCGAUAAUCAGCCGCGGUGAAUAGUUGUUGUUUGCUUCUUCUGCGAGUUUGGUGGGUGGGUGCCGGAGAAUGGUUUGGAUUUUUUUUCUUUUCACCGUGUUUUUAAGAUUGCAAUUAAAUUAAAUGUCAAUAUCAACUAACCGUGAAAACAAAAUGUAUUUUUGACUAUCUCACAAGAAAGGCUAUGCAAUCACUGUGAAAACCGAUUUUGGAUUUUAUAUGGCAAAAAUCAGUUGUGAAAAACUCACUAGCGAACAUUCUGUUCUAUGAUAUUUAAGAAAAAAUGUUCGCACAUUGAAUAUAUCUGAUAUGAAAUGAACCUUUCUGAAAAUGUUCAGUGCGCGUAGGGUGGUUGAUAAGUGGUGAUGUAUUCAAGAUGUACUCAGCAAUACCGUAGUAGUGGAGUAACAACAUAAAAAUAUCAGAAAGUGCUGUAAUUAAUAAUAGUUAUAAUGAUUGUAAAAGAAAUCACAGAGCAUGUUAUGCUGCUGAUUAAAACUAUCACCAGAUAAAAUUUGAAUAUCGUACGCAGAAGUAACAGGAGCGCAGGUUAUCGCUUCGCUCAUUCAAACGCGCCAGGCACAGGCACAGCAUUUAAGUGGUUCAGUCAUGGUGACAAUGCUGCACUCCUGUUACUUCUAUGAAUCAAAUUCAUGCUAAAUAGCGUUUUAUUGGGUUUAAUCUAAAUACUGCAGUGUAAUCAGUCAGUUGGAAUUAAAACAGCUUUCCGUCGCAAGAAUCACUGUUUAGAAUGUCGAAAAAUAAGCUUCGCUGACACAAUAAAUCACUUACGAACUUCGAAGUUCUGAUUUUUGUAGAUGCUUGUUUCAUAAAUCAUCUCGGAAAUGAUUUUUUCAGUCACUAAGUUUUAUAGAAAAUCUCUUGAAUUGAUUUUUUCACGAGUGAUAUUGAAAUGAACAUUUGCUGAUCAUGAUUUUCCCAACAUUGGAACCGAGUGCCAUAGACCAUUCGAAUCAGUUCGUCGAGAUAGCCAAAUAGAUGUGUAUUGGGGUGCUAAAAAUGCUCAAAUCGUUUAGCCGUCCAUUUGUUAAAUUUGAGUUAAAUCGGACACGAGUGAAUGAUGCCACGUUUGAAAAUUUUCGAUCUUGAAAAAUCACCAUAGAGAGGAUCAGGAGUGUGAAACCGCAUGAAGUUUCCAAAAUCGAAAUUUUUGUUUUGAAGGUAAAUGUUAAAAGAAAUGCAUUGAAUAGCAUUGAAAUUUUGAAUUGAGAUCAAACUGGAGAUUAAAAUUGUCGCAUUUCAUUGAAUCCCUAAGUUUGUUGAAAUCGGUUCAGCAGUCUCCGGGAAAAUUGAGCGGUAAGAAAACAACGCGUUUUGUCGUUUACGUCGUUUAUCCUAUUAUAUCUCCGGAACUGGAAUUGUCAGUCAUUUGAUCUUCGAACAAAUGAGACUAAACGUGUGAAAAUCGGCUGUAGCUGGAGUGGUUUUCUAAGAAAAUUGAGCGGUAAAAGAACAACCCGUUUUAUCGAUUGCGUCACUUAUACCAUUAUAACUCCGGAACCGGAAUAUUUAGCCAUUUGAUCUACGAACUCGAUCAAUGGGCCAAUAAUAUCUUUCAAACGAGCCUAAGCUUGUUGGAUUCGUUUCAACCAUCUUUGAGAAAAUUUAGCGGUAAGAAAACAACGCGUUCUGUCGCUUACGUCAAAUUGCCAGCCACUCGAUCUUGGAACUUGACCCAGAAUUCAAUGGUAGCUUCCAAACGAGCCUAGACGUGUUAAAAUCGGUUGAAGCAAAAUUUUGAAAUGGCUGCUUUUCAUUAAUUCGCAGAAAAGUCGUAACCCAACUAGGGUUAUUAUCUCAGACACAACCCUCACCCCCGGUCCUUAGUAUUGCGAGCUUAUCAAGUAACAUAAUACGCUGGAACUGCAAUUUACGCGCAAAGUCGGGAGUGCACAAAUUGAAUAAAACAUCGUGUUAUUUCAAAAUUUCCGCGUAAAUCCAGAUUUUUCCAUUCCAUUCGAUUUUAUUAUAAAUAACAUAAAACAAUUUAACAACACUGAGGUCUUUUUUACGCGGUUUAUGUUUAUGCGUUUUCUUCGUCCGCGGUUUAUUUCGCGGAUUUCCGAAGUAACGCGAUUUUUUUUACGCGGAUUUCCCAAGUUACGUGGUUUUCUUGUUUUGUCUUAGAAAUGCAUCAAACGUCGAGAUCUGGUGUUAUCCCGGAAAUUUUUUCAAGUCAACUCUUUGACAAAUUUUCAUAAGUUUCAUAAAUAUUCAGAUUACAUCAGAUCUGGACGUUUCAUGUAUUUCUAAGAAUAUUUGGCAUCCCAAGAUAUUUUUUGUUUAGUUUUGAGGUUUUUUACGCGGAUUGCCGAAGUUUCGCGGUUUUUUUACGCGGAUUUCCAAAUUAACGCGGUUUUUUACACGGUUCGUAUCCCCCGCGUAAAAAGAGACCUCAGUAUAGAACCAGGACCAUCUGUGUUUAUUUUUUUCAUUUACCAACUGAGUUGCCAUUCAUACAGAAUUACCUGUACUGUAUUGAUUUGUAUACGUCUCACAGUGGUUCGAAUCAACAAAAACGUGGACAUAAAUCAGUAGCUGCCAAACCGUUCUUUUAAUGCAUAUAGUUGCUUUUAAGAAAUUAUUUACAAAUAUAUACCGCGUAAUUUGAUUCUAUUCCUAAUUGUUCAUGGCCUACUUUGACAAAAAAUAUAACCAUAACUUUUUUUUAUGAAGAGAUAGAAAAUUUUUUUCUUCGACAAACUUUUAGAACUAUUAAAAAUAAUUUACUUUGUCAAAUAUACCAAAAGUGUAGGUCGCACCGUUUCGGAUAUACAAAGCGUUUUUGUGGCAACUCCCUUAAAAUUAGUUUUUUUUAUUUAUAACCUGUUUCGAGUUAUUUUUUUAUGCAUACUUUGUUUGGAAUAAUUGAAGAAAAUGAAAAAUCCCAUGUUUUUGUUGAAGGUAGAGCAUAGGUUUGUUGUUUCCUGGCAAAGUUAUACAACAUUUUACCUUUUUUUACCUAUGAUAAAACCUUACACCGAAGCGAAAUAUGCAACUUUAUGCAGCUGAUUUUUACAAAGUUUAUAGGAAAAGAUAUGCUCAAUACUAUAAAAAAAAUUCUAAGUGGAACUCGAUGAAACUUUUUUUAGGCCAUUCCACAGUUAGUUUUAGUUAUUGAAUUAUGACAACCCCCUUAAAACUAGUUUUCUAAUCAUAACAUGUUUCAUGUUAUUUUUUCACAUAUUUUGCUUGGAAUAAUUGUAGAAAAUAUAAAAUCCCAUAAUUUUGUAGAAGGUAAUGCAUAGGUUUAUUCUUUUCUGAAAAAGUUAUACAUCAAUUUAACUAUGUUUACCAAGGAAACCUCGUACCGAAGCGAAAUAUGCAACUUAAUGCAGCAAACUUUUACAAUACUUUUAGGAAAUUAUAUUCCUAAUCCAAUUUAUUUUAUAAUAAGAAUAUCCUGAGUACUAUUCGUGUGACUCAUUUUCACUAUGGCCGUGCUGAAACCAUGCAUGCGUCUGCCAUUUCUGUAACUCACUUUUGCAGUGAACGUAGAGAUGGGCAAUUCGUUCCUGAGCUAUUCCAGUGAAUCGAAUCUUUAAAAAAAGCUGAUAGCUCACAGCUCUUUUUAAAAGAACCGCAGCUCAACAGUUCACCGCACUGGUAAGCAGGGAUGCCAGGUUCACAGAUUAAUCUGUGUUCCACAGAUUUUCAACCUUUUGCACAGAUUUAAAAUAUGGUACAGAUUUUCACAGAUUUCUGAAAAUGGUCACAGAUUUACACAGAUUCUGAAAUCGAUCACAGAUUUUUGAAAUUGAUCACAGUUUAGCAGCAAAAAUUACAGAGCGUUAGGAAAUAGUGAGACCUUUUUUUUGCCUACCAAAAUGAUUUCGAUUAGUAAUUAUGGAAACGGGGAAACGUGCACAGAUUUUGCACAGACAGGCUUUUGGCUUGAUCACAGAUUAAAAAAAAAAUGACCUCGCAUCCCUGCUGGUAAGGUGGAAACAAGAUACAAGCUGAACAGAUUUUCGGCUCUUGAAGAGCGAAUUAUAAAUGAGAAGAAAUGUGUGCAUGAGCUUUUGUUCGUUUUUCCAAAUGUGUAUUUAUCCUUCUUUAAUAGAUUGAAUGAGCCGUUGUCAAUAAGAAAUCUUACCUCUCACUCAGUAGGCUAAGGUAUUUUCAGGGAUGCCACUUUUGCAGAUAUUCUCAAAUAUGACAUAAUAAUAAUUCGCAAACAAGUUAGUUCGCAUAGCAUUGUUCUUUGAGCAUCAAUGAUUUCGAUCAUGCAUAUGCAAGAAAAACGGAGUAAGAAAAACGGCGCAAAAAAACAGCGCUCAAACCAAACCUUCUGUUCAAUUUAAAUGAACUGAUGAGCUGAUACAUUGAAUCGAUUCCCUUUAGUGAGCUAAUCGGUUCGGAGCUGCUCACCGGUAUGAGCUGCUUCACACAUCUCAAAGUGAGCGUCGCACGAUCAAUAUAUCAUCUUAAAAAAACGUGUUGCUUCGCGAUAACUCAAUUUAUUUACACGUUUAAAAAUGAAACCUCUUCGUAAAGGUUUAUACUUUUGCAAUACUUUUUCAUAUUUUGAUUAAAAAACAUUUUUCCAUUUUUUUAAUAUGUGUUGAACUUUUGAUAAUUUUCCGGAUUUUCAAUAUUUAAAACCCACUUUGAAAAGGCCUAAAAAAUUGCAUCGAGUUCUACUUAGAUUUUUCAUAAUAUUGUUAAUUGUCAAAAAGAAAUCAACAUAAAAUUCCCAACAAUUUACUUAAGUUGCGCGUGCAAGCAUAAGCAUUUUCAUGCGUGUUUACGCGCACUUUGUAGUAGAUACUUAGGUAAUAGAGGUAGAUUCUACGUAGAUCCAAAAAUUGUUUUUAAAAUAAAGUGGAUAUAUUUAAAAACAUAAAUUUUUUACACUAUUUCUAUCUUUAUCAAAAAUAUUUCAAAUGUUUUUUUCUUCAAAAUGAGAUAGAAAAAAAAUUUUCUUGUGAAAUUGGUGCUACCCCCUUAACAAAAAUGAAGGUGCCACUUUCAAAAGAAGCGUAAUAUAAUUUUGUAAAACUUCUUCGAAGACACGUUAGCUCUUAAAAAUCAGUGAAAGUCAGUACAGACUUUUGACCGUCUUUUUCUAGUUUUGGACCAUUGUCCGGCGUCCGAAUUGUGAAUAAGAUCAUGAACGAUAAGACGGCUUCUUCUAUACUGGCGUGGGAAAAAGGGAGACUGAUGCCAGGCCCGUACCCAGGAUUUCGUUUCGGGAGGGGCCCAAAGAUAAAAAUUAAUGUUACUGAAGAUUGCUUAUGUACCUAAUUCUCGGUGUGCCUUCUACGGGUGUUUUAAACAAACACUUUAAACUUUUCCACUGAAACUGUUAUUGUGUUACAUUUCUUUACGUUCACUGUCUUGUUAUUUCUGCAACACAUGUCUUAGACCUUCUAAAUAAUUAUAUAUCUGUUUUUGAUUUCGGGAGGGGCCCGGGCCCCUCGGGCCCCCCCUCUGGGUACGUGACUGACUGAUGCUUGCUGCUAACGAUCUGCUACUGUUUUGGCAGAAAAGAACUUUUCGCCACGACGUCCGAAUUGUGAAAUGAGCUGAUUGAGGUUUCCUUGCUUAUUUUAUUAAAGAACUCGUUUCUCUUUUAAUAUAUGAAAUAAUGAACUCACUUGUUUAUAAUAUUUUGUAUUGUAACUGCAUACUUUACAUUUUCAUUUGGUUCCUCAUAUCUCUUCUACAUGGGACAAUGAUAUUAUUUGGAAAAUAAUAUGUUAAAACCAUACCAGCAUUUUUAGAUUCUAUACUAUAUUCUAAAAUUUCUUUCUACAUGCUCUGUAUAUGUAUAUCUCCUUUUUAGAAGCGAAUUACUCUAAAUUUUGUAACUCACAAAAUGUGGUCGACAUUUGAACACAUUUUCCACCUAAUAAAAUUUUAAUGAAGAAAUCCCACUGUGAUUGUCAUAUUCGUCACUUCGGACUUGACUACAAGAGUAAGAACAAAUGAAGUCAGUUUUAUGCCCACCUGAAAGACUGCGGUUUUUCAUUGGGUAAAUCGCAUUGAUCCCUGUAUGUUGAUUAAUACCGAUAAUGGCCACUUAUUAUCAUGUGUUUUUUCGUCUGGGUAACCGGCUACCGAGAAUGCUUUGAAAUUUUAUCUUGUUUAGUAUUACAAUAUAAUUUUCCUAGUAAAAGUGCGACGCGCGAAUCGAUUACUUUCCAGAACUCGUAAAACUUUAUUUUCCACCACCGAAUUGGUGGCUACUUCCGCUUCGUGGUAAGCAAAGAACUGUAUGUAUAUUGCGACAACAAAUUUUUUCAACUGCAACUUUCGUACCUUGUUUAUGUGGAAUCGCAUUUUUUUUUUCUUUCAGCGAUGUUUCAAUUUCGCUUACUGAAGGUCGAGCCUCUUUGACGUUUUAACAGUUCUGGCUACCACAGAAUCCGGCAAUUGCUGGUUCUUUUCCAUGAGUGCACGUGAACAGCAGUAUCGUAGUCGGCUGAUUUUACUAUCCUUACCCCGGGGUUGUGAAAUGACCACUUCUCACUAAACUGUUUUUUAACUACGGAGAAGUUCCCGAAAUUAAUUUAUGAUCCCUACCAUAAAUUUACAAUCAUAUAACAGCCAAACUUUGGUGGCCAUAAUUCUUUUCGGCUUCGCUCGCUUGGCUGCAAAAAAAACCCUUCCAUUCGGAGCACGUCCCGUACGACUGGAACGAGAACAACUUCAUCGGUUUCUCCGCUCUGUCGUGAACACGGAACACAAAACCACAACACUGUCGUGUCGUCCCGGUCACCAAAGGUCAUAUCUUCGCCAAAUCCCCUAGAACCCAAAGUCAAACCGUGUGCCAAGAUUUGAUCUGUUGCCGGGCGCUCGAAUAGAAACAAAACACCCGGCCCGGCUGCCAAACAUACAAAAAAAUUUAAAGGAAAUAUUUGCACGACGCUUGUGGCACACGAUUCGCGUAAAUUUUUAAUCCCCUCCAGAACGUUACGGGAUUUGGAAUUAAUUUAUGAACCGGCGCGUGGUCGCCCACCAGAAAAAAAGGGCAAUUGUGCAGUUAUGAGACCAGCUGCAAUAACGAGCUAAUUUAAAUAUUCCUCCUGCUUCGGAACAAAUCAUUCCGAGCGAGCCGCGAUUUAUGCGAAAGCUCUCUCUCACAUAAAACCGCAUUCCGGUGCUGUUGCUGCUGCUGCCAUUGCGGUGCGGUAACCACGUACCAAUUGUUUGGUUUACAUUGCGAAAUUUAUGAGCAACACGUUGAACUCCGCCCCAAUCGCCGGUUUCCACCCGGUAAUUGUCGAGCAUCCGUAUUGCCGCAUCCCUGGAUGGAUGUUUGAACGCCUGCAAAAAUGAAAUAUAACCACAUUUGAUGAAGUUUUCCGCGCUAUCGGGGAGGGGGGGGGGCUAUAGACUGCGCUGCUACUAGCGGACCAGGGAAAGCUUUCGGUACCGUUGGAAUAUGAAAUAACGGUUACUGCUGCUCUUGGCGAUAAAUUGAAAUUCCGGUACCCGAGCGAUUCGAUUGCGGUGGACAUAUGCGAGGAUAUUUGCUGUUGUUUGAUUUGCGUCAAUUUAAAAUGAUACCAUUCCAUCAUAUGGAAUGUAAAAUACGAAAGCUUCCAACUGGCUGAGAGAUUGAAUUGAAAUCAGAUUAUAUUUAAUUUAUUUAUCCUCGGAAAGAAUUACAUUACCAAUUUCAAAAUAUCCUAACCGAUCACAGAACUACUUUGUAAGUCAUCUGAACUCCAAUUAUUUUAUACAUGACAACGAAACUGGUUAUCACCUAGUUUCAGAUAGCUACAGAUUGCUUGCCAAACAGGGGAAUUUUCUCGUAAGCAUAGGACCUUUUAGCAGACGCUAUUUUGUCGUGGAAUGUGAGUUUUAUGAACUUGAAAAAAAGAGUUUUUCCAGAUGUACUCAACCACUUUUAAGUCCCGGCCGGGUUGGCUGGGACCCGUUUUCCUACCGGAUCGGGGCAAAUCCUUCAUGGAAAGGGUCUUACCGAACUUCUCGAUAAUAUUUUUGACACUGGCUGGUGUGGUGCACUUUCGCCCGUUUUGCAAUUUCGUUGUAUGUGACACCACUUUCUGAGCACCAAGUGUGCAGAAUUUUCUUUCGCGUUUCCGGAUCAAUUCGAUCUAUCAUUGAAACGAUAAACCGUACCGAAACCAAUCGAUUGCGCAGCUAUUAUUGACAUGUUAACAAACAUGUCACUGCAAAAAAUUAAGCCAUUUCAGAGUAAUAACUGUUUGAAUGUUGCUAACUACUUAUCGAUACACUCCUUACUAGUGACUUUCACAAAAUCAGUCAAAUUUUCCAAUAAAAAUACUUUCAUAUCGAAUUAACUUUAAAAAUUAAAAAUCGACGAACAAAUUUUUUUUUAUUUAUUUUUAUUUUUUUUUUUUUAUUUAUAUAAAAAAACUUCUAAAACUAAACUCAAAGUCAUUAUCAUCCAAGAAUUCAAUUAAUCUAAAUUUUAGAGGAGAUUUCACAAAAUACUGGUUGUUCGAUAUUCGCGAAAAAAUACAGUAAUGGACAAGAAAAAGUCUCAGUUUUUUUUCUAGAACUGCCCGCCUUACGCCUUUGUGACAAAGUUUCGUUGAAUUCAAAACUGUUUUUUAUGAUAAUUUGAAGAAGAAAAAGCUUGAUUUUACCCCCAAAUUUAUGCUAGGUGCACAUAACCAUUUUAAAUUAAGUUUACGUUUCGUCUUCGACCCAUCAGUGCGUCAGCAGAUUAUGCUGACGCAAACCCCCGGAUCAACAUAAUCUGCUGAGCAGAAGUAAAGUUAAUGCUAUUUGCAAAGACACAAUCUGUACGGCCAGUAAGCCGACACUUGUUUCGUUCGAGACGUCAGUUUAGACGUUACAUUUCUUGUAUAAUAAAAAAGUGUCUUGCAAAUAGCAUUAACUUUACGCACUGAUGAGUCGAAGACGAAACGUAAACUGUUUUUUAUGUAUUUUGAAUUGACUUUAAAUUUUGAAAACCGUUUUAUUUCAGUGUAGGAUUCGAAUAGACGAAUUCUCCGUAAACCGUUUUCAAAGUUAGCCGUUUAUAGACUUUAUCACUAAAAAGCCUUUAUUUUUCCAAAAUUAAUUUAGACCUUUUGAAAAGGACUAGACAUUUUUACCAACUUUAUGCAACAUAAUUAUAGUAAAAAAAUGACAAAUUCGGGGCGUUUAAAGGGAAAAACUAUAUCAAGCAAAAUGUUUUUCUUAUCCGGCACUGACACUUUCUGCAAAUAUCCAGCAAUUGGUCAUAGGAUAUUAGGUGAAAUUUUCUCACAAAUUGAGAUUUAUUGUAAUCUCGGACGAUUAUGACUCUCAGAUUAAUUUGAAUCUUAACAAAAAGACACUGGAUAAAAAAAUCAGUUUGAACAAGAAAUAGUUUUCGUUUGAAAUAUGAAUGGUUGGUAGCAAACAUAAUCCUGAGACAAAAUUAUAUAAAAAUCAAAAAUUGUUUUGUUUUGUAAAUCAAUUUAAAGUUUUUAAAACCAAUUUUCAUCAGUGUAGGACUCGAUAAGGAUUUUUUUCAGUAUUUUUAUUGGAAAAUUUGACUAAUUUUGCGAAAAAUUAUAGUAUACUCUUUGCAAAAAAUUGGUGAAAAAUGUGAAGCCCUUUUCGAAACAAAGUCUGGAAUUUUGGAAAAACAAAGUAUGCAAAGUGACUUCUUGGGACAACAAAUCGAGUUGGCGCGAAAUUCGUCAUAUUUACAGAGAAAAGUUUUCAUGAUAUAAUAACGCACCUGAUAAUCAUCAUCAUAUUUCAUAAAAUUAGACGACGAAAAAGAGUUUUCACACACUCAGUUGCCGGUAAAAUUUUGAUACUCAUUUGAUCAUGGCGCAAUUAAAAAUCGCCUUCCAUACCAAAUGAACGAAAACUGUUUCCAUCAUCAACCUUAUCUCAAGCAGAGUUGUAAAUAGUUGAGUAGCUUUCCUGUUGAGAUAAUGCAUCGUACUGUCGUUACACCACUGUGAUUGCUUGCAGCUACAAAUUCCUUGCCUGAUCCCCAAUGCAUUAAUUGUCGAACACGACAAGAUCAAAAUUGAAUUGCCUGAGGACAUUCUGCGACGAGCUAGAAGUUUAAAUAUCUUUCAUCAUCUAUGAUUAGAUGUCAUAGGUAUCGUAGGUUGUGCGUUCAAUUGAUUGGAACCUGUUCGCAGUUAAAUCCUAUGGACAAUUACAAUGACUGACAGCGUAUUUAUUUGGCAACAUCCCAAUUCGUGUGUUCAUCCGGGUUACACUUUUGCGAUCACAGGAACCGCUUAUUGAUGAGCCAUCAUUUAAUUUAUAAAGACUGAGUAGAGUCUGAGAGAGCCAGAGUUUUUUUUUUCUACUUCACAUGAGGCCGUUUCACUGCAUGGCCCCAUUACGCUUCCGAAGUGCGCUCGCGUUUGUGUUUUCAAUUCGCAAUCAGCAUGCGCGGUACCCAGCGGCAGAAUAUUUUUUCAUCUGCAAAAUUUCUCCAAAAAUAAAACUUGUAUGAAUCCUUAGGGCAUCUGUUAGUUUGCGCACCUUCACUUUUCAGUCGACCAAUACCGUUUCAUUUCAGACAAACAAUGCUCUUUCGAGUACUAAUUUGAAACCAAGCAAUGGCAUAAAGCUUUCGUUUCACCAUUUCAUCAUCGCUGAUUCUUGGUGAGCUUCAAAUCAUCCGAACUCUCUCUUCAAAGCGAAAGUUGAUGAAUAGUUCAUUGACCGUUUUCAAAUAGAGAGUGUGAUAUAAUAACACGUAAAAAACUUAAUUUUGAGAAUUUGAACCGUAAAUUCGAUUGAUUUUUUUUACUACAGUAGUAGAUAGUCGUUUUCACUGCCUCCUUCGUACAUGAUGGCAAAAACAAACAAAGCAUUUUUUAAUUUUUACUUCAACAAAAAACAAUAUCAAUACUACCGUCACUUCUUUCACUGCGACAAAUUCAUUCUCUCCUUAAUAUUGUAUUUGGUUAAAAUGAAUAUCUAAAAUAUGGUAAACGGAAGUUUAAAUUGAUAAAUUUGUUUUUUUUUUUUCAAUUCUUUUAUGAUAUGUUGUAACUGACAAUUGAGGAAAUUUAUUGCCUUUUAGGUCAACAUGGGGAAUAAUUGGCCAAACAAGUUAUAGCCUUUGAAAUUAGAUAGAUUUCUCAGAAUCGUUGUAAUAUUUCGACAGAAGACACGGUUUUCAUAAGGUUUCCGCUGGACCAUUUAUGGAUUUUUGUGCAUCGCACGAGAGUCAUUUUCAUCGAAAUUUUGAUGUUUCUUCGCAUUCGAGGAAAAUGCAGUAUGACCUCGAUCAUGAACGUGAUCAGCAUCUUUUAUCACUUUUGAAUUUUGAACGGAGCCUCGAAGACUUUCAUACUAAAUUUUUUUCGAAGAUGGCGAAAAUGGAUUCUAACAGACUGAGGCUCGUUUGAAAGCUACUAUUGGGUCAUUAAUCAAGUUCAAAGAUCAAAUGGCUGUGACAUGUGUAUAAGUGACAUAACCGACAAAACACAUGUUUUUUUUUCGCGCUCAAACCGAUUUCAACAAACUUAGGCUCGUAUGGAAAAUACUAUUGGUUCAUUAAACAGGUUUGAAGUUCAAAUGGUUGUCACCUAAGGUGCCGAUGAUGUAAUGGCAUAAAUGACGUAGGCGUCAAAACUCAUAACCGCUCAAUUUUCUUAUAUAUGGAUUAACUGGUAUCAGGAAUUGUGGACUCGUUCAGGACUUUCGGACUUUCCUGCAUUCGAACAAAUUAUUCGAAAAUAUGACACUCUCGUCUAUAUAAUUUUAACUAGGCCGUGACGUUUGUAACGUGCUGUCCGAUACAUGUUUAACUUCCUAGAACUUUUCAAUUGGACGAAAGCCCGGGUUUAUGUCUUUCGGAGCCAAAUCGACUCCAUUAGUUCGGUACCACUCAAAUAUGUUUCUAGCGUAGUGGCAAGAUGCUGAAUCGGGCUGGAACGGAAUUGAUCUUCUGUGUUUCAUUGUGAAUAGCAAAAGAAACUUUUUAAGGCACUGUUGUUUGUUCCUACAGUAAGCUACGCUUAUUUCAACACAUCCACGAAUGGCCUGUCAAAUCUUGAGCUUCUUUGCAAAUAUGGAUAAUGUUUUGUUUCGAACAUCCUCCGGAACUUGGUAACGUGAUAAACUUUAACAACCACCAAGUGUAAAAUGGAACAAAGUCAAGAUUAUACAAUUAUACAAGAUUAUAAUUAUGUGUGUGUGUGUGUGUGUGUGUGUGUGUGUGUGUGUGUGUGUGUGUGUGUUACUGUGUCUAAGUUUUCUCACUAACUCUGGAUCAAGCAACUAGUAUUUUGGGUCUAACUCUGUGUUUUCGAUUGCCAUUAAGGCCAUCGUCCAAGUACCAUGCGCGCGGGUGGUUUUAGGAAAUUUUGAAAAAUUUGACAAAACCAAAACCAUACCUUUGAAAUACUUUUAUCUAUCUACAGGGUAAAAAUGGCUGGAAAAUUCGGAGGAUUUUCCGAGUCUUAUAAAAAAUAGCUCUGAAAAGGAGUGUUUUGUGAUCUUUUACAAUUAUCUGGAAAAAUAAUGCGAUGACAUAUUUUUUUUUCAAAUUAACCUUAUGAUGGAUACAAAGAUUACAUUCGGACACAUUUUGAAAAACCUUUUCACGCUUUUCAUAGAAAAUCCACGAAUUUUAAAAAUUUCUACGAAAUCGGUUAUAUGAAAUUCGUUGAUUUUCCAUGAAAAGCGUGAAAAGGUUUUCCAAAAAUGUGUCCGAAUGUGAUCCUUGUUGCCAGCAUAAGGUUUUUCUGAAAAAAAAGUCAUUUCAUCGAAUUAUUUUUUCAAAUAAUUGUGAAAGAUUACAAAAAAAGCUCAUUUUUUCAGUGGUAUUUUUGAUAAGACUCGGAAAAUCCUCCGAAUUUUCCAGCCAUUUUCACCCUGUAGAUAGAUAAAAGUAUUUCAAAGGUCUGUAUGUUUUUGGUUUUGUCAAAUUUUUCAAAAUUUCCAUCGAAAAUUUCCUAAAACCACCCGCGCGCAUGGUACUUGAACAAUGGCCUUAAUAACUGAGUUGAAAAAACAAACUACAAGAGACAGCCCUAUGAGGUUGUUCGAACUGUUGACGUAGGACUACACAACUAUUGUCAAAAGUACUGUUCUGAAUAUUUAAGCAGCAGUUUUUUUGUGCUCUACAUAAAGAAUAAAAGUUGUGAUUGCCUUAGAAAAGGAGUGGGGUGUUCCUGAGAAAAUCAGUCUUUUUGCUCUAGCAUUUUUAUUUUGCCCUUCUCCUGUUUGGUGUCUUUGGGCAUUUUCUUGAGCAAAUUAUAACUAUUCUUUCGUGAAUGAUGCAUUCAGAUAGCUAGUUCGAAAACAGGUCAUUUUGAAACUGUCAUAUCUAAAGUUGAGGCAAACGAAAAAAAAUACUCAUUCUAUAAAAAACAGGGCUUGCAAAUUGAAGCAACGAGUAUGAACAAAAGGGUUUCACCAUCUGUGCUAUUCACACACAUUCGUAUGUCAGGUAGAAUUCACAGCGCAACCCAAGCAAGGAGAGUUGCUUCGUUCGUUCAUUAGUUCAUGAAUAUGCCCGCUUGCUGAGACCUAUGCUUCAUGAGGUUAGCAUUUGAUGAAUGGUUCUCAUAUUGUAGAUGCCUAUGAGAAAACUAGAUUCAUAACUUUUAGUUCCGAUGAAUAUUGAUUUAAAAAACCCUGCUUUUAGUGUUUCUAGAAUAUAUAAACAGUGUAAACUGCCAAGAAACAUCGUUGAUCGUUUUGAAAAUGGGCUCAAAUGCAAAAUUUCUGCUAUAAAAUGUUUAAGGUAUGUUUGAAAUGUGAUCAAAUUUGGUCUUGGAAUGCGAACAUUAUGUUAAAAAUGAUUUCUUUAAACCUACACUUUAAAAAUAAACCGUAAACAUGACUUUGCUUCGCGGCUUGUAGCACGCCGUGAAGCAAGAUCUUCUUUCUCGUACAAUACUAACGAGAGUGAACCCUUCAUUUCAUUACAUUGUCAUGGAUUGCUUAGUUCAUGUGCUAACUGAGACUGAGAGCACAGACAAUUUACUUAGCAAGGGGAAUUGGUCUGCUCAGUAACAUAUACUCUCACGCAUCCAGUUUCUCUCUAAUGUAUGUCUCUCAUUCAGCUAUAUCAAGCAAAGUGUUCACAGCAGAUGUUUUUUGUUGCUUCGUGCUUUUGAGGAUUCACAAUACAAGCCCUGAUAGAAAAUGCUUUUAACGGUGUUUUUUUUAAAACGGCGGAGGAGAUUUUUUUAAAAUUAUUUUCAAAUUUUGUUCAAACAUUGUCGAAAAACACGAUCAAUUUUUGUCAAAUGGCUAUAGUCGAAACAUGACAAGUCCUAUAAAUAAGUAUUGUAUGAAUAGUUUUCACAAAGUUAGUCAAAUUUAAGAAUAAAAAAAAUGAAAAAAUCGAAUUUAAAAAUUCAAAUUCAAUUUACAAGAAAACGCUAUUGUUGAUUUGGAUGAAUUUUGGUCCCAAAAUAGGUAGUUAUGUUUCCAACCAUCCGUCCAGUUUUGUAGAUAUGUUGAACUAAUAAAUGAUCUGAUCUUCCUAGAAUUUCAGCAUAAACUGUUGAAGUAUACUGGAAACCAACAAAAAGGCCUACACUGACAAUAAUUUUUACCUAUUUUUUUGAGGAGAAAUCACUCAUUGUCGAGCUCUUCUACCCACUUGUACGCGGCGUGCAGAUUUCCCCCCAGACGGCUGGCUAUGUCUGACAGACAUUUUUGCCGGAAUUCUGGCAGACUUCCGGCAAAAGUCUGGCAACCAUGCAACAACCGUUUCUGGCAGAGAAUUUCGUCUAGCGGUUAUUAACGGUUCUGUUUCUGUCGGAUUUUUGCCAUACAAGAUUGGCAGAACCGGUUUGAGUCGGUUUUACAUUAUUAGCGUCUUGGUUUUAUUUUUUCAAUAAAAAGUACAUAUGAAAGGCAAUAAGCUAUUGCUUUUCAUAUAUACUAAUUAUGGAAAAUGUUAACAUUAUUUUCUCACUACCAAACAUACAUAUAUCAAUCUCAUUUACCUCGUCUCAAGAUUUGUUUUUUGUAUGUACAUGCGGGAUUGUCGAAUAUCAAAUGAAGUCGAAUAAAAAAAGAAAAAAGAAGGAAGAGCGAAAUAAACAAGACACAUACGGCGAGAUAAUGACGCAAUUUCGCCUGGACAAUUUUGACAGCAGCCGGAAUGCAGCCAGCCUUCUGACGGUUGCCAGAAUCCCUCACAAGCGGGUAUAAGGGGUUGUCCAUAAAAGACGUCACGCUUUUUUUUGACGAUUAUUGACUCCCCAUCUCCCCUUUGUCACAAAUUGUCACAGAAGCAAAGACCCCCACCCCCCUAUGUCACAUGUCACGAAUUCAAAAUAAAUAAAAUUCAUCUCAAUACAUUCUCAAUAUGUAUGACAAACCAUACAAAUAUGAGGGAAAAAUCGAUUUAUUACAUGCUGUCAUUAAAUUAAAAAAUAUCCCUAAAGCUACAAAAUCAUCGGAAUUAUUUUGUUAAUAUCAAUUAUAUAAAUUAACAAAAGUAUUUGGUUGGAAUUGAUGAAACAUUUAAAUCAUCUGUUUUAUUCCUCCUAGGGGUACACAGAUAUACUAUUGUUUUGAGUAAAGAAUAAUAUUUCCUUAGUGUAGCAUACAGGGCUGAGAAAAUAAAGACCAAAACCUCAUCAAAACGAGAUCACUGCCGGAGAAUCUUUUCAUGACCAGUUGAUCAGUGAAUUUUAAAUCACAUCGAUCAAUAUCGGUACUGAUCUUCCGUCACACAAUGGGUAGUGAUUUUGAGCUAAAAUGAUUCUUGAUUUAUGUAAGUUCAAUCAUUGGAUGAUUCGAUAAGCUUUGAUGUUGGUGGAGGAAAAUCACAUAUGAUCAAGAUAAGACAUGACAUGAUCUAAGUCUGAAAUCGUUGAUCUCCCGCCCUUUUUCAAAUGGAGUGCAAUUGAAUAAACUGCAUCAGAAUCAGAUAAGAGAAAUUCUUAUGAUAUACUAUUAUCAAUGCUAGAAAAUCAAAUUACUGAAAAAAUUGUCAGUGCAUAACUUAAGUUAAACCGUUUGAAGGCAUCUUUUUCUUUUUUACUCAUAUUAGGCAAAAUUGAUUAAUUUCGCUAAUUUACUCGCUCCUCCGUAGGUACAUAAGAAAUCGUCAAUAACAUUAUUUUUUUUUUAUAUUUGGGCCCCUCCCGAAACGAAAUCCUGGGUACGGGCCUGAGUAGAAGUAUUGUGCAGGUAUGUAUUGUUAGUUUAAACAAAUAAGUGGAAAAAACUUCAGAAAUUCUGCAAUAAAACUAGUCCAACGGGGCUCCAAUUCCUCAUGUUAAAAAUGGCUUAACAAUGUCUGCCGGGUUUGUUGAACGAAAAAAAUGGCAUUCGGUUCAACGGUCUGUUUCAAAAUCGGCAAACGAAGGUGGCCUCCCGUUGAACGAUUGAUUGGACUUUAAUUGGACCAAUGAUCCAACGUAUUGGACCAAUGAAGGACCACCGUUGAUCGUUUUUUUCUAAGAGGGGCAAUAUAGAUAUGUACUCCCAAAAUACCGAUAAUUCACGGAUCGAACAGAUAAAUACCGAUUUUCGUUGAUAGCAUGGAUAUACAGGAGAAAAGGUUGCUACAAGACCUUUUUUUUUUGCUCUGAGCUUUGGUGACAUUUCCGUGAAGUUAUGUUUACGAGAUUCUGAUACCGAUAUGGUACAGAUAGAUUUUUGGAAAAAUGACCUGGCAACGCUGCUUCGAAAACCGAACGAACGCAAAAAGCACACGCCUUCUUCGAUUACUACCAUGCACGCUGAAAUUCGGCACUCGGAAGGCACUGACAACCAACGAUAACAAGUUGUAAAUAAACCAUCCACACGCUACACUCUAAAACAUCAUAUCAAUCUUUGGCAUACCAAUUAAGGAGGAUUAAAAUUUUGUGUUAGAAAACUAGCGCCCUAGAUUGUACAGUAAUUGUGAAAAAAAACCUAAAUUGAAUACAAACUAAUUCAAAAGAACUAGUAAAAAAUUAAAAAAAAAACAAAUCGUAUCUCGAAUAGAACCUAUCCAAUUCUUUCACUGUAGCCUAGUAGCAAAGUUACAGAGUUCCACUAAACCAAAGAGUACAGUAACGUUAAAGAUUACAAAUAGUAGAAUAACUAAAUUAAGGGGUCCAAAACAAAAUAGUCGUCGAUGAUUGAUUAGGGUAAAGAUACCAACAGAUCUGGAUGUCGUUGACAAGUUGAUGUUCUAUCCAAAAAGGCAUUACCAUUCUUUAGAUGUUCGUAGCUCGAGUGAUAUGUGUGUAUUUUGUCAUUACCGAAUAAGGUCUAUAGGUUUAGCUGGAGCAGUUGAGUGUGUGUAUAUACAGUACCGAAAAGGAGUUACCUAAAUCUAGUUUAACGGCUCAAUGAAAACCGUCUGUUGACGGAACACCCCUGAACAUAGGUUAAAUACUGUGAUUCUUUCAGUUUAACAAAAUAUUACUCUGUGAUGCUUGGAUCGGCAGAUUGUUACUCGAUUCUAGUUUAUUAAUUUUAACUCUGCAGUAAAAGUUAAGAAAAAGUAUGACAUUAAAUGUACGAAAGAGUUCGAGCACACUGUCCGUGUCCGCUCUGCGAUAUUCUAAUACUAACUCUAAUAUUACGAUGUACCCACACAAGCGUGAUGCCAACGUAGAACUUGUUACUAUUUGAAACUAAUCAAACUAAUGGCAUAAUCAAACAACUAUCAACUACAUUACCAUGCCUUCGGUGGACAAAACAUUGCCGAUAUAAUCUUCCAGGCUGGGCAUAUUAAGCAAAACAAGCGGCCAAAUUCGUCCCUCAUCAUGCCGAUCCUGAUGGUAACAGAAAGGACACUGGUGCAGGUGGGCAUUACAACAGAAUUAUUCUAAAGUAACUUUGCGAUAAAAUAUGACCCCCUAUAUGACUCACACAAAAAAACACACUAAAUGCAAUACCGCAUGCAGCACUCUACACAUUGGCUCGAAUGGGUCGUCGUCACUCGAGUCGGAUAGGGAACAUGAAAAGUUUGCGCUUCGUCAGGUGCGUUUCCAAUGCAAUGCAAGCAAAGCUGCUUUCGGCUGGAGAAGCACCGUGCGGAGCGCAAGUUUCGCCCCGUUUAGGUUAGGCAAAAAGAGCUAUUUUGAGAGAAAGAGAACCAUUCAGCGGACAAGAGAAAAACUUUUCAUCUAUCGCGAAAAAAAAACAGAUAUUAUCUAGCAAUAAUCACGGUGCUCCAAAGCACUCACGAAAUACUGUUAAUGCCUUCAAUUACAAAACGAUGAUGAUCUAUUAAGUGUGUAGACUUUAAACAAAGUUUGAAAAAAAAAUUGUAGGAAAUAAUAACAACCAGUUUCAAUUUUCUAGCACAGUAAGAAACGUAGCGGUUAAGGAGAAGGUUAAAGCCAGCAACGUCGUUUGGAAGCAGGGUUGCUUGAAAAAAAUCUAACCAAAAAGAUCCUCUAUCAUCUGAGCACACAUCAUUAAAGUAAGUAAGAUUACCGUAUGAGACCACAAACAAAAAUUGACACGAAGAAAAAAAAACUACCAAUCAAAAGUGCAUUCCGACCCGAAAUCAACCACAGUGGAAAAGUUUCAAUACAUGGAACCCGCUCGAUCGAGCACCUAAAGGAAAGUUAUCAUUAUUUACACUGUAAAAACAUCAUAUUACUACACUAAGAUGAUUAAAGCAGUUCAAUAAAACAUAUUUCAACCAAA